CUCGUCCAAACCCUUUAUCCCAAAAAGAACUACGUGGUCCAUUAUCGUGCACUCCAGCUAUACAUGAAAUUUGGGAUAAAGGCGAAUCAAUAUGUUUAAAGCCAAAGAUGUAUUUAGUCCUUCCAGCAGGCCAUGAUCCUAAAACUCCUGAAACAGAUGCAGAUUUUGAGAAAGAGUUAGAAGAGAAAGAAUUUAGAAAAUCUCAAGGUGUAAAGUAUUGGGAGAAAAAGCAUGGCAUCCAGAAGGCUAAGGGUGUUAAGAAAUGCGUGGUCAAAAAGGAGCUUCGACAUGACAAGUUUCUAGAAUGUCUUAGGAAUAAGAAACUAACCCGACAUGAUAUGUAUGGUCUCU